CAUUAUUAUUCGAUUUGAAGAACACGGCGACAUAGUUGCAAAUUCAACGAUCGCGGUCAGAGUCCACGUCGCGGUUCAACGCCAAAAUGGCUACAUCAUUAGAGGCGCUUCUUGGUAGAGAGAAAACAAGCAAUGUUUCUUUUGGUACAACACUAGACAGGCCGUUAUUUCCGGCUAAGGUUCCGCCAACCAGAGUGGGGGUAAUCCUGCAAGCCGAGUCAUCACCGAACAGGGCACCUGGUACAUAUGACAAUCAUGAGGUCAGUGGGUUUGUCUACCAUAUUAAUAACCAAGUAACAAGCAAAAGAGGAUACUCACUCGGAGCCAGGACAGGACCGAGAUUUAGAAAAGAAUUUAUGGAAAAAACUCCUUGCCCUUCAGCAUACCAAACAGACGUGACUCAACCUAUGACCAGUACGACAGCCUAUAAGCCUUUUGAAGCAGGUGCAUUAAGAUUUCCAAAAAUACAAAAAGAUCCAGAUCUCACACCUGGGCCAGGAACGUAUGAACACAAUGUGAAAAGAAACCGAAAAGUUGGUUUUCAUGGCACAUUUGGUGGACCACAGCUUUUGAAAAUACCACCAGAUGGCGGGUAUCUCUUACCCGAGGAUUGCAAGGGAACUACAUACAAAAGCAGAAUGAUGUCGUAUAAAGACCUCAGAAAAUUUAAAAUACGAGAAUCUUACCUCAGUCUAUAUUGGGAUUAAAGAGACCAGGAGUUUUUGUGGAACAAUAAAUACUUUCUUUUUUAUUUACAAAAUUCUAGAAAAAAAUCAUGUGUGUAUCUUUUAAUCAAGCUGCCUUCCAGUUUUCCUUUUUGCUGGAGAAAAGUGCCAGAUUAAAUAUGCAAAUUACUUGAAUUAUAUUUUUUUUUUUUUCUCAGUUGCCUUGCUAUGUAUGUUAUGGCAGUGUUGUACUUAUAAAGUAAGAUAUCAAGUUUGUAAAAUAUUCACAAACUUAUCUUUUUUCAGUUUGAUAUUUGGAAUAACCUACUUCACUUCAAGAGUAAAUUUAGAUGUCCUUGUAAUUCAGGUUUACUGUCAAAUGAUCUCACAAAAUCAAAUAAAAAACAUCGAAAUUUUAUGCACAUACUUUGAUAUUUCUUCCGUCCAGUGUUUUAUAAUUUUUUUUUUUUUAACUGCCAAAAGAAAAUCUUUUGUUGUUUUUAACUUAACCAAGCUGAAAAGAUUCAGUGGUAGAGGAUUGUAGGACAAUUUACGCCAAAAUUAGGCCAUGUAAAAUAGUUUAUUGAUAAAUAUAUACAUUCAUAUAUUAAUUUUGAAUUAUCAGUGAAACGAGACAUGUGACUCCAGUGAACCAAUUAAAUGUCACAUUACAUUGCGUUUAUUAUUAGGAACAGCUGGCCACUAUAUGGUCAUUUAGGUAGCAUAUGUCACAGACACACAGUAUAUGUGUCUAUAGAAGUUUGAACCAUGGCAAUAUUGUGUUGUGAGACAUCAGCCAAUAACUGUAUAAUAGAGCUUCCAUUCUGUUUUAGUCUAGUAAACUUGUGACAUUACAUCUACAGUUUGGCUGUCAAUUUUAAUGUAUGUGUUUUAAGAAAAAUAAUCAAACUGAGAUAAAAUAAAUUCAGAAUAAUUGAAUAACCCAA